GCGGGGGCGGCGGCGGCGAUGGUGGUGGCGUGGACGGGGCUGUGGCGGGAGCUGCUCGGGGCGUCGCUGCUGGGGCUGCUGGUCGGGGCGCUGCUGUGGCUCCUGGACAGGACGAGGAGGAGGCCGGGGGGGAGCGUCCCGCCCCGGGCGCGCGGCCCAGGUGAAAAAACAAUGGAUGCUAUUUUGGCCCAACUGAAACAGCUGAGUCCGGAUGAUCUUAGGAAAGAGAUCGUCAAAGCUGGUCUGAAAUGUGGACCUAUUACAUCAACUACGAGGUUCAUUUUUGAAAAAAAACUGGCCCAGACUUUGAUAGAACAAGGACUGGUGGCUCACGCUUCAAUUUCCCCUGACGAAGCUGCAGAAAACACUGCUUCUGCUGGUAGCCAGCCAGAAACCCAACUGUUUUUGAGAUCUACUGUGAUGAACCAAAGCAAGCCUCCCCUUUUUUCUGAAGAGGGAGAUUUUGGCUAUAACAUGGGCUUGAAUCCCCCAGAAGAGGAAGCUUUAAUGCAUAAGACCUGUUCAGCAGCCUUCAGCGGUACAGAUAAAAUUGACUCACUAAAAGAAGGCCCAGUGCUAGCUAAGGAUCCUCCUUUAUUCUAUGGAGUAUGUCCGGUUUAUGAUGACGUUAUGGCAAGAAAUGAUAGGGUUCACGUUUAUGAGGAUAAAAAGGAGGCACUGCAAGCUGUCAAAAUGAUCAAGGGAUCUCGAUUUAAGGCCUUCUCCAGUAGGGAAGCUGCCGAAAAGUUUGCUAAAGGGAUUUGUGAUUAUUUCCCAUCUCCAAGCAAAACCCCUUUAUCUCCCUCUCCAGUGAAAGUAGGAUCAUUCUUUAGUAGAGAUGGUUUAUGUUCCCCUGACUCAGAAACGGUUAACAAAGAACGAGCCAACAGCUAUAAGAGUCCCCGAACACAGGACCUCACUGCCAAACUUAGAAAAGCCGUGGAGAAAGGAGAUGAAGUUAACUUUUCGGAACUUAUCUGGAGUAACCCACGCUAUUUAAUUGGUUCUGGGGACAACCCAACAGUAGUACAGGAAGGAUGCCGGUAUAAUGUAAUGCACGUUGCUGCCAAAGAGAAUCAGCCUCAUAUUUGCCAGCUGACUUUAGAUAUUUUGGAAAAUCCUGAGUUUAUGCGGCUUAUGUAUCCAGAUGAUGAUGAGAUUAUGCUGAAGAAACGAAUCCUUUAUAUUGUUGACCUUUAUCUUAAUACUCCUGAUAAAGCAGGAUAUGAUACUCCCUUGCAUUUUGCAUGCAAAUUUGGUAAUGCAGAUGUGGUUAAUGUGCUUUCUUCACAUCCAGCUAUUGUAAAAAAUCCAAAGAACAAAUAUGAGAAAACACCAGAAGAUGUAAUUUGUGAAAGAAGCAAAAAUAAAUCUGUGGAACUGAAGGAGCGAAUCAGAGAAUAUUUAAAAGGUCACUAUUAUGUACCACUUCUGAGAGCAGAAGACAAUUCCUCUCCCGUGAUUGGUUCACCGUGGUCUCUCGAUCAGACAGAUGACAGUUUCCAUCCAGCUAUUUCUCGAUUGUGUAGUCCCAAAGAUCCUGUCUUGACCGUGCGAGCUUUUGCAGGGCCAAUGAGCCCAUCUAAGGUAAAGAGUUCAGGGAAGCGCUGGAAGACUCCACCUCGAGAGAGAGCUGGUUUCUUUCAUGAUGUCAGGAAAUCUGAUCCAGAAAGAGGCGUUGAAAGAGUGGGAAGGGAGUUAGCUCAUGAGCUGGGGUUCCCGUGGGUUGAAUACUGGGAAUUUCUGGGCUGUUUUGUUGAUCUGUCUUCCCAGGAGGGGCUACGACAACUAGAGGAGUACCUUGGUCAGCAGGAAAUGAGCAAAAAGGCUCAGCAGGAAACGGGAGAAAAUGAAACCCGUAACAGAUAUAAAACUUCACAUUCUUCAGGCAAGGGUAAAAAAGGUAGCAAUUCCAUUUCUGUUGGAGCGUUUCUAGAUGAAGAUGAUGACAUGAGCUUAGAAGAAAUUAAAAAUCGACAAAAUGCAGCACGAAACACCAGCCAGCCAGUUGCCUCUAAGGAACCCACUAUUGAUGCUUUUGGAGCCUCGGAGGCGAGAUAUCCUUCCAUGGAGCAUAAAACCAGCAUUAUAGAGACGUCAGUGCUACUCUGGGAGGCACUAGGCAGUGGAAUAUUUUCCUUGGCUGAAUCCAGCUGCCUCUGCGGUUUCUCCUACAGCCCAUAUGGCUUGGAAGUUUUGUUAACCAUAGGGUGGAUCAAAACUUAUUUUAGAGUUCCUUUGGAAGUAAUAGAUAAGUUAAUUAUAGACCAUCUUUUGCCUGUAACCUUCAACUUCUAUUUAUGUUUCAGAGACGAGCCUUCCAAGUUGGACCGGGAUGUUUUAGCAGCUUUAGAGCACGUAGAGAUUGACGCUCAGAAAUACCCGGUCACUUACAAAUGGAAGAAAACGGUACAAUCCUACUCUACUUCCGCCCGGCAAAGUUGGCCGAGUCCCGUGCUGAAGGGAAAGCUCAAGUUCCAGGCUUCGGCUCUGGGGUCACCUCACGGCUCAACCUGUCCCAGUCCCGGAAGGCAGAGUCCAGUAACGGGCAGCCCGGGGAAAUACGGCAGCUCCUCCUCCUCUUCCUUUUCCCCUAGUUUGGGGAGCCCCGGACGGUAUAGCCCAGCCUAUGCCAGCCACCUCCUGCUUUUAAAGUUAGGUCACCUUUCGGAACCGUCCGCCCUCUAGAGUGGACUCGCAUCUUCGGGGGGCGUCAACUCGAUGUUCACUUUUGCUUUUUUUAAAACAGGAAAGGGAGGGAAUUUACGUGGCUAAAAUAAUACAGGACAAAGUGUAUUCCGACUAUUUAUUCAUCCUCGUUUGAUGAGGACAAAUAUACAGUUAUAAACAGAAACUGUGAAUAUAUGUUGAUCCGGUAACCCGAUUAGAUCCGUGGUGACUUGUGAGACGUUAUUGCAGUUGAACACCGUUAAAUCUUAAUUAUCUAGUGCUUGUAAUGGUAAAGCAGCCUUGGUACAUACACUCUUUUGAAAAAAAAAAAAAACCACAAACAAUUCUUGAUUGAGUAUGAGGAUCUUUAUGAUAGAAAAGCAGACUGAAACCGAACUAGUUCAUCCUUGAGGGUGGGUUUGUCAGUUGUUGAAUUCACUGGGGUGAUUGAGAUCAAUGUGGAGACCGUGGCAUAUGUUUUGGCCUGCUACAGUGAUUCUAAUUGCUGAGGGGGUUUGGCAGCGGUUGGGGGGGACCCUCCCACCCCCAAACAAAGAUGAAAUUUGGUUGUUUGCAACAUUUUGGUUACAGUUUUAUAGUUAUGUGAUGGGAAAGCCCUUUUUGUAGGUUAACAGAUAACUAAUUAGGUAGGAAGGAGAAGCGGAGAGGGAGGACAAAUACAUGAAAAUCUUUUUAGAUCGCUUCCCAGCUCAGAAUCUUGCAAGCAUCGGCAACUUUAAAGACAUUAGAGACAAUUCGAGGUGUUGAUUUGAAGAUGAAAAACCCUGAGCUCUUUCCACAGAAGUCCUUCCCAGGCGGUAGGAAUGACAGAUUGCCUCACAAAACACUCUAGGGAUAUACGUUUAAGACUCUUGUAAGACUACCAGCUAUUGAAUUUCCCCGGUCCAGGUUAGCAUGGUGCAUUAUGGAGAUGUUCGUGGAUUCUCUAACCUUUCCUUUGAGUGGAAACUCUAUUAAAAGGCUGGAUAGAGAUUGAGAUGAGAAUCAGCUUGUAAGGGGGAGUCUGUUGCCGGGUCCUGUUCUUUAAUUUGCAGAGUAUUCCGUGUUAUGACAUAGAGAAUUGUUUCUGCACUCUGAGCAGUGCAGGCAAAGACAGGAAGGCUACGACAUGCAUCCCCCUGCCCCCCAAUUUGGAGAUCUGGCAGUUUGCAGUACUGCUGAGAAAAAUGACUCCAUUACCUAACGUGUGCAUCCGUCUGGGACUCUUAGAACACUUUCAGUAGACUACCCAGCUGAUGCCAAUCAGAUAUUCAGAACCUGCUUCCCUCGCCACCAUCAACUGAGUAAUGAACUAAAUGGCAUUUAUUUUGGCUAUCGAAGCAUUUUCAGUGAAACGUGUUAGCUGAUGACACCCUCUGUAAAGUGUGGGAGCAGCAGAGGGACGUGAGUAGGAAGAAAAUGCAGCCAGUUUUAACGGCAGCGAGGAGAGGUAAAAGUCUGGCUUUCAGCGAUCCGACCCAGGUGUACACACUGUAGAGUAAAUAAUUGUUACAUACCCAAACUGUACUCUCUUCUGAAUAUAUUCAGCAUUCGGUACAAACUCCCAAACUGCACUUAAUGCUUUGGCAAGCUUAAUAGUGCCUUUUGUAAUAUAAAAUUUUUUUUUUAAUCUUGCUUUUUAAGAGUGUUGAGGCAACUUAUGUGUGUAAUGAAACCUGAGUGUUCCUUUUUGACAAUUGUUUUUAAUAGAUACAUAUGCGAAAGGAUAUUCUUCCUGCGGGCACGGUGGUUAGGGCCAGAUCCGAACGCUAGAAUCUAGCCUUAGGCUUCAAAGUUCAAAAGAAUAUUACAGUUGUUAGUGUUUGGUUCUGUUCUAGUUGAUGUGGACGUUAGAAUGGGUAGAAGUCAUGAACAUAUUCUUACCAAACAACAUUCUAAAUAAGAGUCUAAACAUUGGCAUUAAUUCGCAAUAAUAUUACUCCUCCCUUAGCUCCGCUGAAGUAACGGAUAUUCUAACGUGAUAUUCGGUACUUAAAGUUUAAUUUUUCUCAUUCAGAUUGAAAUAAAACUGACAGCCGUUAUUUUUCUUCUUGGUCACCUGCUAGUGUUUUUUCAAACAGCUAUGCUUAGUACAUUUAAAAGGUCUUCUAUUUUUUUGGCAUAUUGGACCUUUACUUCUGUUUAUAUGUCUGUAAAAAAAAAAAAAAUAGCUGCUCAAAACCUUAGCUCAAGAGAUGCCAUUAUUCACUAAGUGUCCAAAAGUUCACUGCAUGGCAUAAAACUCCAUUCCUUUUGGUUUUAAAUUCCUGGCAGAUAAAAAUCAAAAUACAAAGUUCCUUCUCCAUUAUGUUGCAUACAUACAAAGGCGCUUUUUAAGCAAUAUCUUAGGCAGUUUUAAAAACACAUCGAAGAUCAUCGACUAAUAUUCAUAUGCUAUUUUCUUGUCCCUUUUUAACUUGUAGCGCUCUAUUUUCUAUAAGCAUAUUUCUGGCAUAAACAGAAACCUCUGACCACAUAUUUUAUAAAAUAGGGUAUUUAGGUAUCUAAUUAUUUUUGUGAGACAUAGAAAUUGAUAUGUAAUAUGAUUUCUGAGAAAUGGGUGCUUUACAGGAGAAUAUACUCUGUGGCAGCAGAACACACAGGAUCUUGAAAAGGAAAAACUGCAGUUGGAGACUCGGCGGUGGGUUUAGCUGUGCAUCCGUGUACUUUAAGUGUUUAACUUUCUUAUAGUCAUUUUAAUUUUAAUUAGUAACUGAGCGUCCCUUAUAUUCAUUCCUGAUUGAAUUCAGAUUUGUUUAAAACACACAGUAGUUUCACCAUUGUUUUUCACCGCCUCCCCGCCCCCCUCCCCCAAAGUUAAAUAGCUGUUUGUUUAGUUGAUGGGCCAAUAGGUUCCAUGUUAAAAGUUUCUACAGUUCUAUACAAGGGAAAUACUUUAUCUCGACAGGCCAUAGCUUUCAAAGUUGUUUCGAGGGGAAGAUUAAGGGAAGGGGGUUUGGGAGAUCAGGUCUUAGAGAAAAUGUUUCACACUGUGCCAAGUUGCUUAGUUUUGUCUUUGGAAAACCAACUAUUUGGAUAAACAGUUCUGUAAAGAAGCCGUAGUUGGGUUAGCAGAGCUCACUGUGUAACUGAGGAACAAUGUGCUUUAAAUGAUACCGAGUCCAUAUUCUAAAGGAAACACUCUCCACAGUCUUUGGCUCUUCACAAUUUGAAGGUGUUUGUUUUCUUAACUGGGGGCAAGUGUGGGUGUAUUACAUAUUGUGGGUGAAGAUGCAUCGUGUAUUCUGGACCUUCCAAAGUGCCAGUGUUUGUUAUUUCAGUUCUGUGUGUAAAAUAAAUAUGCUGGAGUGAAAUAAAGUGCAAAAUAACACUUUG